UUUAGCUUAAGUAGUUCAUGUUUUAUGAAAAUUGUAUAGUUUUUCGUAUGAAACCGUGGGAUUUACGAAAUGUUUUGUGUUCACAUUUUAAUAGUGAUUUUAGUUGCCGUACGUAAUGUGUCUAGUAUUAAUUCUUUUCUUUAUAUGAACAUUCACAAUAGUGGCUUUCAUAGAGAAAUUCAUUACUCAUUGAAAUUUGGAGCAAUCAGUAAGAUGUCCUGUGAGUUACUUCUUUUGCAGCAUUUCUCGUCGGCAAUUUAUGUUGACACUGACCAAUUAACUAAUAUGAAAAAAUUCAAAAAGAUUAACAGUUAUGUUCCUUUUUAUGUGGAUGUAGAAAAACCGACAAGCAAAUCGAGUCCUUUUUCGGUCUAUCUUUACGAAACCGUACGCAGGGAGGUGAACAUAACGCUGCCUAUUCAUUUUAGGUAUCACGAUCCAUCAGAGAAAAAAUUCGAACGCAUCCAAAUCGAAAGCCCAUCUAUGUAUCUACAGUGUCGAGUUACGAGCAGCAAAAACCCUUUGAAAACAACAGCAACUUUUAGGCAUCCUUGCUCAAGUAGCGCUCAGAUAUACGACUAUGAUAAACUAAAUCAGGCCGAAUACUGUGACUGGCAGGAGCUUGAAUUUAGCAAUGUACCAACUGUGAUCAGUGUCCUUAUUCCGACCGGCAAUAGCGUAUCGUACAAGUUUGUCUUUCCGGCUACCAUUCUGGUCAGCUGGAUAGGUAGCAUGUAUCUCAUCUACAUCAUCGUAAAAUCAGGUAAGCGCAUUAAUAAAAAACUUUUAUAGAGACAAUCUCAAAUAAAUGACUGAAUA